GCGUGCGUGCUGGUCCCGGCGCGCCUGUCAAUCAAGCGGCUGGGCCGAGCGCUUCCUCCUCUCUGUGUGUGUGGAGGGGGAAGCGGUCUCAGCGAGCUCGGCGGCGGCAGGAGGUGUGCGAGGACGCCGGCGGGCACAGCAAGCAUGGGCGCCUAUCUCUCCCAACCCAACACGGUGAAGAGCUCGUGCGAGCGAUCCACCGACAAAUUCGGCUUCGGCGUCUCGGCCAUGCAAGGCUGGAGGGUUUCCAUGGAGGAUGCCCAUAACUGUAUACCGGAGUUGGAUAAUGAAACUGCUAUGUUUGCAGUCUAUGACGGACAUGGAGGUGAAGAGGUGGCGCUAUACUGUGCAAAGUAUCUGCCAGAUGUUAUUAAGGAGCAGCAGGCUUACAGGAAUGGAAAAUUGCAGAAGGCAUUGGAGGAUGCCUUUCUAUGCAUAGACAGCAAGCUGACAGAAGAAGUGGUUAUCAAAGAGCUUGCUCAACUUGCAGGCCGGUCUCGGGAGGAUGAUGGCGAGAAAGUUGCUGACGAAGAUGAUGUUGAUCAUGAGGAGACUGCACUUUUGCAUGAAGAGGCAACAAUGACAAUUGAAGAACUGCUCACCCGAUAUGGACAAAACCAGAACAGUACCAAACCUGUGAAAAGCAAAACUUCACCUGCUAUCAAGAAACUGCCGUCCAAGGUUGGGGAUAAAAACAAAACUGAGAAGGAAAUGAAUGGCGAGCUUGAGAGUGGUGAAACCAAUAUGGAUGAAACGGAGAGCAACAGUGGGAAAUCGGAAGCAGCAGCGGGAAUCUCCUCCAGUUCUGAUUGUGGGGGCGAGGAAGCUGAGUUGGGGAAUGGGAGCAGCACUGGGUCUGGUUCAGAUAAACAACUUGCCAAGGCUGACAAGGGUUCUGAAGAGGCUGUUGUGUCGUCAUCCACAGCUGAUGCAGGGCCAUCCUGCUCCUCCUCUGAUAAAUCUCAGCGAGUGGCCAAGUCAAUGUUCUUUGAAGACAGUGAGGAUGAAUCUGAAGAAGCAGAAGAGGAAGAAGAUAGUGAAGAGGACUGCAGUGAGGAGGAGGAGGAGGAGGAGGAGGAAUACAGCAGUGAAGGAGGUGAAGAGGAAGAGGAGGAUGAAGAGGAUCAAGAAGAUAGUGAUGCGGAAGAAGAGGAAGACGUUGUGUUGCCUGGAAUGGAUGGUAAAGAGGAGCCUGGCUCAGACAGUGGGACAACGGCUGUUGUGGCCCUGAUCCGUGGGAAGCAGUUGAUCGUAGCCAAUGCUGGUGAUUCCCGCUGUGUUGUUUCAGAGUGUGGCAAGGCUAUUGACAUGUCCUAUGACCACAAACCAGAAGAUGAAGUGGAGUUGGCCAGGAUUAAAAAUGCUGGUGGAAAAGUUACUUUGGAUGGAAGAGUAAAUGGAGGGUUAAAUCUCUCUCGGGCCAUAGGUGAUCACUUUUACAAGAGGAAUAAGAAUCUCCCUCCAGAGGAGCAGAUGAUUUCAGCACUGCCUGAUCUCAAGUCAUUGACGUUAAAUGAUGACCAUGAUUUCAUGGUGAUUGCAUGUGAUGGAAUAUGGAAUGUAAUGAGCAGUCAAGAGGUUGUGGAUUUCAUCAGUGAACGCAUCAACAAGCGAGAUGAGAAUGGAGACUUGAGGAUGCUGUCUUCCAUAUCUGAAGAGCUGCUGGAUCACUGUUUGGCACCCGACACGUCUGGAGAUGGAACUGGAUGUGACAACAUGACUUGUAUUAUCAUCACUUUUAAACCGCGGCCUGUGAAAAGCCAGGUUGACUGCAGCAAGCGGAAACGCUGUGACUUGACAGACGAUGAGAAAGAAAAUGGGAAAAAGGCAAAAAGUGAAUAACUUGAAGGGAUUGGGAAUCAACUGAGACCCAGCAUCAUUGUGUAAUUAAAGAACUUGAUAACUUUUUUAAAAAAAAUAUAGCAAGCAAUUGCUGGAAAUUGUAUAAAAUAAAUCUGCAGUAUUGUACAAUGUAGCCUUAGUUUGCCACCCUAGAUUACUGUGUGUCUGAAGCACAUGCCCUUGAGCAGCAGUCAGUCCAGGGGUCCUACAUUGUUACUCACACCCUGUCAGAGACAAAAAACAAGUGAAUGUUUUGAGUUUUUCAUUGUGGGUUUGGGGAGGUGUGAAAGUUUGAGAAUAAAUGGGAUCCACUCCUUUUUCAUGGAAUUUUUGAUACAGGAAAUGCAUCAAUUCACUCCACAAAAAUGCUAAUGCUUCAGAAGUCAUACUGAAUGAUUUUUCAAUGCAAAUGUCUGAAAUGAAGACUCGUUUUUUAAAAAAAAGCAAGGAGGGGUGAGAUGGUUAAAUUUGCAUAAACUGAGUUUAUUUCUAAAGUCAACAGUUCAUUGAAAUACUGUCUGUCAAUGCUUGGAAGUGGAGAAACGGUGCAGAGGUGAUGUUUUGUGCUGCCGAUUCGUCUUUUGUGUUGCAGGUGAGAAUGGGGAGGAUGACGUGGAGAAAAAUAUCUUUAGAAUUUUUCAAUAUUUCAAUUUUUAAAAGAUCAGGAGAUUAUUAGUAUUUUGGCAGUAUGUGAAAUUGUAAUCGUAAAGGCAGAGUUAGAUCUGAAAAUGGUUUCAGCUUACUUUCACUUCCUUUGUUAAACUGCUUCUACUCAUUUAAUGUCAAAAGCAUCAUCGACUUCUGAAAGGUAUGAAGUCAUUAGUAUGAUCUGAAGCUGCACAAAUGCUAUACCUAAAAGGAACUUUCAACCAAUUUUAUAUAUUAAAAGAAAACAGAAUUUUU